AGUUAGUUUCGAUAGGCGGCUCCUCUAGUUAUCUUAUUCGGACAUUUCCUAGUAUCCUCACAAGUCACAACAUAAGUGCCCAAAAUGCACUAACCAAAGUUGCUUGGAACCCAUGACCCAUCCAAUCCAAUAAACUUUUUCUUGUUUGCUUAGCGCGGCCCGGCGCUUUCUCCCCUUCUUCUUUCUUCUCCCUCGGAUACUCUCGUCUUAUCCCCCACCCCCCACCCCCACCCCCUUUUCCCUUUUCCUUUCUUUCACUCUCUCCCUUUCUUGUACCACUGGCGGGUAUAUCAAGAAAACCAUGGAAUUUUCUUACAGGUAAUAUCUAGCCAAGGAAAGGGGUUUGUUUUGUUGUUCUUGAAAAAGGGUAUCUUGGAAAUUGAGUAGGAUUAGACUUUGAUGGAUGAUAUAGUGAUGGAUCUGGAUUUGAACCAAGAACCUAUGGACCCAUCUUCUGGUUCGUCUUUAGGAUUAGGGUCUUUGUUGAGUGACUUAGAAACUGCUCACAGUAGGAUAGAGGAGAGGAUUAGGCAACUUGAGGCUGUUACUGCUAGAGCUUUGCAGCGUCAUACGUGGCGUCAGGCGCGGAGUACUUUGGUUACUGGUGAUGUUUCGGGUGGCGCCGUGGUCAAUGUGGAUAGUGAGAUGCAAGGUGAGAACGGGGUGGGGAAUUCGGGUGUGGUGGAAAGGAAUGUUGGGAGGGGGAAAGGAUGCAAAAGGGAUAGUUCCCAUUUGGUGGCAAAGGCGUUAGAGAUGGAUUUAGUGGUUAAUAAGGUGGAGGAUGAUGGCGGGAGUUUUUUUGACUGUAAUAUAUGUUUGGAUAUGGCUAAAGAACCUGUUUUGACUUGUUGUGGCCACUUAUACUGUUGGUCGUGCUUUUAUCAGUUACCUUAUGUUGAUUCAACUACAAAGGAAUGUCCUGUUUGUAAGGGAGAGGUUUCAGAUGCAAAUGUUACACCUGUUUAUGGUAAUGGAGAUGGUGAAGGGGUAAAAGAGCUGGAGUCUGGUCUGAAAAUACCACCAAGGCCAAAGGCACGUCGAAUAGAGAGUGUUAGACAGCAGCGUGUAACUCAGGGUUUGUCUCACAUCCCGGUUGCAGAAGCUCUAAGGAGAAUUAGGACUAGUAUUGGAUUAGGGAACCACCCGCAGCAACAGGACAGUAGUGGAGUUACUUUUGCAAGCAACUCUCAUGUGUUGCAAAAUGCUGACACCUUAAGCAGUAGGAGACUACGUUCCCGUCUUUUUUCAAGGGUGUUGUCAGAAGGUGCUGCGUCUCUUUCAUCAGAGUUAGAUAAUGCACAACGGAUGUUUGAGGACCUUGCAGCAUCACUCACUGAUCGGCUUCUCCAAAGAAGUAAUGCGGAUGUUCUACCAGCCGUUCAGGGAGCAACAGGUGACGGUGAUUCUUUCAGAAGAGAUGCUGCUCUCAUACAGACAAAUUAUCGGGCACUGGAUGCAGUAGCAGGGACAGGUUCCACUGCAUCUGUUCCGUCCUCUUCUCAAGCAAAUGAAGUUUCUGAUGCUGCUGUUCAGUUGGAAAACCUUACAACUGGUACUGGUAAUCUGCCUGUGAUACGAUCUUCCUUGGCUUCCAGGAGAAGAAACAUUUUGUCAAGGCUUUCUGAUGUAGAUAUCCGUGAGUCUAGAAGGAGAAGAUUGAAUUGAUGGCUUUUGAAUAAGGUAUAGCUUCCGAGGUCUUCUGUCUACUCAGCUAUCUCUCCUUGCCAAUGCUUGUCAUUUUGAUUCCAUUGUGUUCAUUGCUAAAUGCUAACUGUAACGUCGCUUGGGUAGAAACAACUCUGAAAUAUCGACAAAGUAUCUGACUCCUGUUGGAAGUGUAUGUCUACAUUAUAUUUAGCUUCUUCUAGUUUUGGCAUUUUCUAGCAUGAAUUGUGUGGUAGGAGGCUUCCUCAACAAAUAAUCAACUCUUGCUGCAUGUAUUUGCUACUUAUGUUAAGAAUUAGUAUGAACUGUAUCGGCUUGCUAUCUGCACAUUUUAUUGACGUUCAUGAUUGUACAAUGGAAUCCCCAUGUGAUAAAUGUAUUUUGCUUUUCUACUUUGUUUGGGAA